AUGUUGAGGGGAUGUGUGAUUGAGUUCCGAGGUAGCUGGGAGGACUAUUUGUCGUUGGCUGAAUUUGCAUACAAUAAUAGCUAUCAAGAAAGUAUUGGGAUGGCUCCGUAUAAGGCACUGUAUGGGCGAAGGUGUCGAACUCCAACAUGUUGGAUGGAGUUGGACGAACGAAGAGUUUUCGGCCCUGAGUUGGUAGCAAAUAAUGGGGAUAAGGUGAAGUUGAUUCGGGAUCAGUUGAAGGAGGCCUCGGAUAGACAGAAAUCGUAUGCUGACCUUAAGUGCCGUGAGAUAGAGUAUGCAGUAGGGGACUUAGUUUUCCUUAAGGUCUCUCCGUGGAAGAAAGUGUUAAGGUUUGGAUGA